AUGCAGCAGCAUUAACAUGGUCCAAAUUGUGGAUGUGCGGAAUAUAUGUUUAAUGAAGAUGCAGAUGAUUUGUAUGGUCAAAUAGAAAUUGAUAAAGUUGAUUGUUUGAAUGAGACUGCACAAAAUAUCAAAUUGAUCAUUAGACCAGAAAAUCAUUUUGUGUAAUCUGAUUUAGAUUCAGAAAUUAUUGUUAUCAUUCCUUUCAACGAGACUGUGAGAAUCAGAUAGAUUAAUGUGGUGAGUUUAAACGAAGAGUCAGCACCCAACCUAAUGAAGGCCUAUAUCAACAUUUCAAAUGUGGAUUUUGGACUCAUAGAAACACCUUGUGUGGAACAAUUUGUAUUAAGUCCAAACUUAGAUGGCUAAUUUGGAAAUGCAGUCAAAGUGUCGAAAUUUGAAAAUGUUAAUAAUCUUAUAUUGUACAUUAAAUCCACAGUCAACGAUCCCAUCCGAAUAUCCUAUAUUGGAUUGAAAGGAAUAAGGACAUUUUAAUCAAAAUAACUUGCAAAUACCAUUUAUGAAUUAAAUCCAUUGGCAAAGCAAGUUGACCCUGAUAAAGUUGUAUUUGAUAGUUUGUGUUGA